CUGCUUUUUAUUGUUUAGGGUUUGAUAUUUAGAUUCCGCAUACGUCUCGGUCUCGGUUUCAGCACCUGCGAUGAAUCUCUUGUUUUAAAAAAUAAUUUUUCCUUUUUUUUUUUCUACUUUGCACAUUUUUCUCUUACUACCCAUCUUCUCUUCUCCUCCGUUUUCUGGGCUCUUUUUUUUUUUGUCCGAUUCUCGUCUCGUCUUUCCUGCGAAGCUCGAAAAUUUGGAGAUUUCCAAAUUCUUUGUUCCAAUUCGUGGAUUUCCUUGGCCUCUACUCAUUCUGUUCAAAAAUCACAAGAGGGCACUCAAAGAAGAAUAACAUGAGAAACAACUUUUAUAUUUGAAGGUUGGUUCAUCUAGCAGCUGAUCGGAGGCAAUUCCUCGCUGAAUGUUUGGUCCAAAUAUGGAUUCUAUGCGUGAAGCUGGUGGUGAUGCCACUAGCUCAGUGGUGAUACCUGUGCCAUUCAUCUGGCGUCAUGGUGGAAGAAACGUAUACCUGACUGGUUCAUUCACUAGGUGGUCUGAGCUUGUUCCCAUGUCUCAGGUUGAAGGGUGUCCCACUGUGUUUCAGGUUAUAUGCAACCUAGCGCCUGGGUAUCAUCAGUAUAAGUUUUUCGUUGAUGGAGAAUGGAAACAUGACGAACACCUGCCUUGUACAAACAGUGAAUAUGGAAUAGUAAACACUGUCCUCGCUUCCGGGCCUAGUUACGCAAUGCAUCCACAAAUGCCUUCUGGAUCCAAUAUGGAUGUGGACCCAAAGGCCUUCCGUGAGAUGGUUAAUGUUGCUGAGGUUCCGCCUAUUCAUAUGAUGACAGGAGUAUCAGAGGAGGAUUUGCGCGUUUCCCGCCACCGAAUAUCCGAGUACUUGUCUAGGCAUACUGUUUAUGAGCUACUUCCAGAGUCAGGAAAGGUUGUGGCAUUGGAUGUUAAUUUACCGGUAAAACAGGCAUUUCACAUUCUGCAUGGACAGGGUAUUUCUACAGCUCCUCUUUGGGAUUUCAGCAAGGGGAACUUUGUUGGAGUUCUUAGUGCACUGGAUUUUAUUUUGAUUCUUAGAGAGCUUGGGAACCAUGGUGCAAACUUGACCGAAGAGGAACUUGAGACUCACACCAUAUCUGCCUGGAAAGAAGGAAAAGCCUAUCUGAACAGGCAGGCUGAUGGGCAUGCUAGGCCAGUCACGAGAAACCUCAUUUAUGUAAAACCAUAUGAUAUUUUGAAGGAUUUGGUAUCGAAAAUUUUGCAAAAUGGGGUGGCAACAGUACCGGUUCUUUACUCGUCUUCAGAGGAUGGUUCAUUUCCUCAGCUAUUACAUCUCGCUACACUUUCGGGAGUACUCAAAUGUAUAUGCAGGUACUUCCGACAUUGUUCUAGUUCUUUGCCCAUAUUACAGCUACCAAUUUGUGCUUUACCUGUGGGGACAUGGGUUCCAAAGAUUGGAGAAGCUAAUGGACGGCCACUAGCAAUGUUGAGACCGAAUGCUUCUCUAAGUCAAGCACUAAAUUUACUUAUUCAAGCUCAAGUAAGCGCUGUUCCUAUUGUUGAUGACAAUGACUCUUUAUUGGAUAUCUAUUGUCGGAGUGAUAUAACAGCCUUGGCAAAGGACAAAGUUUAUGCAAAUAUUAAUCUUGGAGAAACCACCAUUCAACGGGCUUUGCAGUUGGGGCAAGAUUCUUACUAUCCGUAUGAGAUGAGAACUCAAAGGUGCCAAAUGUGUUUACGGACCGACUCAUUGCAUAAAGUGAUGGAACGAUUGGCAAAUCCAGGUGUAAGAAGGCUUGUGGUCGUGGAGGCAGGCAGUAAGCGUGUGGAAGGGAUCAUAUCUCUCAGUGACAUCUUCAGGUUUUUUCUUGGUUUUGCUUGAAGAGGCCUCUCAUCAUGCAUUGCCCUUUUAUGUUUCUUGAAGAGCCCUCCCUUAGUCCCUCUUUCCAGAAUGACCCCACUUGUUCCAGUUUAUUCAAAAUCAACCCCAUAAUUUGAUUGGAGGCUGUUCUGGUCAUUUUAAGAAGGUUAGUAUUUUUAGAGGGUUGUGGGGGAUACAGGAAGCAUGUAAGCUAAAAAACAAAGAGGGCAAAAUUUCACUCUUUAGAUUCUUCUUCUUCUUCUUCGUCUUCUGUAGAGUGUAAGCUGUAACAGUUCAUUACUCUCUGCUUGGAAAUUUGGGUUAAAAAAAAAAAGAAAAGAAAAUUUGGAGGGUUGUUUUAUCA